GUAAACAAUGAAGAAACUUGUGCAAGUUUAAAAGUUAAAAAGACACCAAUUAAGGAAAUUUUUAAACAAAAUAAAAAAACUUAAGUAAAUAAAAUUGAACAAUAAAGAAAUAAAAAUGUCUGGUGUAAAAUUAGUGUUAUUUAUGUGUGCAACAUUAUCAUGUGUGAUCUUGAUCUCGGCGCAGUCAGCGGUGGCAAGAUGCUUCCAGUACACAUGGCUGGGUCCGCGCUACAACAACGACAGUAUCUUCAUGAACGCCACUUGCCAAGACGCCACUAGACUCGCCAACGGCGUGCCUUGUAGGCAACCCCUUGUUGUCUCAUAUGACGGUUCGUGGCCAGAUGUUUCAUACAUUUGGGCAAAUCAUUUGGAUGAAGCAUCUUGUAUAUUAGCGGAUAACGAUGUGUGUGCUACUUACACCUAUUACUUCAAUGGACAAGCGGAAAACUCAACGGCCAUGUGCACCAGAGCAGUAGACACGAAUGGCGAUGCCAUCACUAGAGGCUGUUUUAGCCAGAGGAACGGUAGUUUCAAGUUUAGAAAUUCAUGUUGAAGUAAUCGUCACAAAAUGUAUUCCGUAUUAACAAGAGGGAAUGCUAUAUUAACCUAUACUUUAAGUGUACUGGCAUGUUUAACGUUCCUGUGUUUUUUGUCCACGUUAACAGUGGACUAUAGAACUGCGGCACAAAUGAAUACAGUAAAAGUAGUCGUUAAGAAUGUACCAGAUUAUGGAGCUUCAAGGGAAAGGAAUGAUCUCGGGUUUCUUACUUUCGAUCUGAAGACUGAUCUGUCUCACCUCUUCAACUGGAACGUAAAACAGUUAUUCCUCUACCUAACCGCCGAAUACAUUACCCCCAACAACGAGUUAAAUCAAGUGGUGCUUUGGGAUAAAAUCAUCCUGAGAGGUGAAAAUGCAGUGCUAGAUUUUAAGAACAUGAACACUAAGUACUACUUUUGGGAUGAUGGCAAUGGUUUAAAAGCCCAUAAUAAUGUGACACUGACUCUGUCAUGGAACAUCAUUCCGAAUGCAGGCAUGUUACCAAACAUUGAGGCCAUCGGGCAACACUCCUUCAAGUUCCCCACAGAGUAUACUCAAACCAGAGUAUGAUCCAGGUCACUCUUGUAAAUAAGAAUACUUACUUUGUAAGAAGUGUGUGUGUAAGGUGGUAAGAAUGACAAAUUAAAAUGUCUAUUUGAAA